AGUAUUAUAAAAAUUGUAUUAAAAUGUUAACUACAAAAUAUGUCAAAAUUCACAAAAUGUCAGACGAACGAUGGACCAAGAGAGACAAAAUAAAUCAAUAUCGUGGAGUUCUUAAGUUAUAUGAUCGAGAUAAAAAGAUUCGUUCAUUGGAAUUAAUCAAAUUGAAGCAAAGAGUAUCGAAAAAUUUGAAAUCUAUACGAACAGAUGUUCGAGAGUAUCGCGGUAUUAUUCGUGACGUUAUAACUGGAAGUAAAACUCAGCUUUUAGCGAUAUUACAACAAUAUGAUAACUUUCAUUUAGCUUUUGGUCAACUCACUCCAGACGAAAUUCACAAUAGAAUUUAUCAAAACAGUGAAUUAUACCAUCGACAAUUGGACAAGAUACGUUAUGAGAAAGAAAAAUUAGCUAAACAAUAUUUCAAUUUACAAGUUGAAAAAUGUGUAUUAAUGGAAGGAGAGGAUCAAGAUGUUCAAACAGAUCGUUUGAAUCAACGUUUAUCUGCUUAUUUGCAACGCUCAACAGCUAAACAAAAUGGUGCUAAAGCUAUACGAACAACUUAUAUAAAAAUGAUUAACAUUUUAAAAAAAGAUACAAUGUAUUUCGAUGCACUUCUUAAUGCUUUGAAAGAUGAUCAAAAGGAUCAAUGUAAGGUGAUAGUAAAAGCAACAGUAAUGGGACAAUUGGGAGCAGAAAAUGUUGAUGAUUUAAAAGAAAAAUAUAAAAUAAUAACUCGAGAUGUUUUAAAACAUAUGAAAGAAAGAGAACGUACUUUAAUUACUGCGCGCGAACGUGUUACCGAUCUAUGGGAAUAUGCAAAAUCGUUAGUUAGAAUCGAGAGCGACGCAGCUCUUAUUACGGAAAAUGCCAGCUUUAAGGAGAAAUCCGAUCAUUUAGAAAAACAAGUUAAACGUUUGGAAGAAAUUUGUGAAAUAUUAAAAGAUACCGUUUUAGUUAGAAGCCAUAACGAAUUAUUUCCAAGACUCGAAGAACAAAUGAAACAGAAAACACGUUUGAUUAAUCAAUUUAAUUAUAAUAUCAAAGAACGCAAUAAUCUUGUAAUUAAAAAAGAAGAAGCUAUUACCCUUCUUGAAAGGCUUCAACACACGAUGCUAACAACAACAGGACAAUAUAGGAUAGAUAAAAAAGCUUUGUUGGAAGAGAUUGAAGCUCAAAAGAAACGUAUUGUUGAUUACAAAGAACUAAGAAGAUCUCAUGGUGAAUUAUCAAUGAAGAUAAGAGCGGCAUUACAAAAUAUGUUACUUAUGCUUGUCUGCAUCAAACGUGGUAAAGUUGAGAGAAGACAGUUGAAAAAGACGAAGAGUAUAGAUGAAUUAGAUGAGGAUGAGCCUAUAUUAGAUAAAAUUGAACCAGAUGGCUUAGUAUUAUUAGCACAAAUUAGUCGAAAAAUGGGUUCUCUUUUCGGAAUGAGCAAUUUCGAAUUAGACAAAGAAAAAGAUGAGAAAGCAAGAAACUUAUAUCAAAGUUAUGUCGCUGAUUAUUCCUCUAAUCUCAAAUUUGGAAAGGACAUAUUAGAGCCAGCUUUGAUCGUUGAACAUGAAUUCAUAGAUCCAAAUAUAUUAACUCGAGCUGAUGUCAAAACUCGAAGUAGAAAAAUGGUAGAAGCUAAUUUGAAACCUGAAUAAUUUAUAUUAAUAUGAAGAUUUAUUUAUUAUUUAACCCUUUUAGAAAAUUUUUAAUAUAUAUCACACACACAUGGCAAAUAUUUAUGCUAGUUUAGGUAAAUAUAGUAAAAUUUUUCUAUGCACAUAUUUUUUUAACAUUAUUAU